UUAAGGUAUGUAUACAAAAAACAUUGCGCCUUAAAGAAGGCAGGCAUGGACAGCCAGGAUGAGGAGGAAAGCUGUGUCUACCCGAACCUGGGUCCACUCACCAGUGAGAUCCGAGCCAAGAUGGAGCAGUUUGUGGAGGAACGGACUGAAGCCAGUUUGUGGAUUUUUGUUCUGGUUGGAGCUGUGAUCACUGUCUCUGUUCUGGGAGUUGUUGUGCUGUUUCUCUACAGAAGAUACAAAAAAUCAAAGGAGCAGGCCGGCGUUCCUCACUACCGCUUCAGAAAGAGGGACAAGGUGAUGUUCUACGGCAGGAAGAUCAUGAGAAAGGUUCAGACAUUGUCCACAACUCCUGCCAACAAUUCAAACUCAGCUUCACGGCAGAGAGUAAGGAAGAGGACCAAAGUCCUGUCCAUAGCACGAAAGAUUCUGCGCAUCCGGAAGGAACCGCCCACCCUGCAGCCCAAAGAGCCCCCUCCCUGCCUGCUCGAAGCUGAUCUCACUGAGUUCGAUGUGCAGAACUCCCACUUGCCCUCGGAGGUGCUCUACAUGCUGAAGAACGUCAGGGUGCUCGGCCACUUUGAGAAGCCUCUCUUCUUGGAACUCUGCCGCCACAUGGUGCUGAUCCAGCUGCACCAGGGGGAGGGGCUCUUCCGACCUGGUGACAUUGAUGACAGCAUUUAUGUUGUUCAAGAUGGCCGCCUGGAGCUCUGCAUCCAUGAGAGUGAUGGGACAGACGCGGUUGUGAAGGACGUCCUGCCAGGAGACAGCGUCCACAGUCUGCUCAGUAUCCUGGACAUCAUCACCGGUUACCCAGCUCCUUAUAAAACAGUGUCCGCCAGGGCUGCAGUUCCGUCCACCGUCCUGCGUCUUCCAGCCGUGGCCUUUCAGUCCGUCUUUGAAAAGUACCCAGAGACUUUGGUCCGCGUCAUUCAGAUUAUUAUGGUGCGUCUCCAGAGAGUGACCUUUCUUGCCUUACACAAUUACCUUGGCCUUACCACUGAGCUUUUCAACCCGGAAAGUCAGGCUAUUUCUCUGGUGUCCGUAGCCAAUGUUCUGGGUGAGGCUCAUCAACACAAAGGGUUUCGUAGGCAGCCAUCCCACUCUGAAGACACGGGCUCUGAAAAAGCUGAUGCAGAAAGGUUCAGCGGAGGGGACAUGGCUGCAGCUAAAUACAAGAAAUCUCACUCCAUGCCGGGCUCAGUCGAUGGCCCUUCAGAGGUUGCCAGAGUGUUUGAUCAGACUCAGUCUGCCAAAGAAGAGGCUGUGAACCAAGGCUCUGUUAAGUCUAUUCUGAAGAAGAGUGUGACUGUGCAGCACUCUCCUUCUGCUGUUUAUCACUACGGUGAGCCCGGAGGAGGAGCCGUCCAACACAGCAAAGUCAACGUCAUCUUCCAGGCUGCUAAGAAGGAUCUGCUGAAGGUCAUCCAGCUGCAGGACCCCAGUCUGUUGGAAGGAAGGGUCACCCUUCGCCAGGUCAAAGCUGGGUGUGAGGUAGCUCACCAAGGAGAUCAAGAUGUGAGCGUGGCGUUCGUCAUCUCAGGGCUGCUCCAUGUCUACCAGCGUAUGAUCGACCGUGAGGAAGAGUGUCUGCUCUUCGUCACUCACCCGGGAGAGAUGGUGGGUCACCUGGCCGUCCUCACAGGGGAGCCCCUCAUCUUCACCGUGCGAGCCCACCGAGACUGCACCUUCCUCUCCGUAUCCAAGGCCCACUUCUACGAGAUAAUGCGGGAGGAGCCGAGGGUGGUGCUGAACGUAGCCCACACGGUGGUGAAGAGGAUGUCAUCGUUUGUCAGGCAGAUCGACUUCGCCCUGGACUGGAUGGCUGUAGAGGCUGGCCGCGCCGUCUACAGACAAGGAGACAAGUCAGACAGCACCUUCAUCGUCCUCAGCGGUCGGUUGCGCUCUGUCAUCGCCAAGGAUAACGGCAAGAAGGAGCUGGCUGGGGAGUACGGCCGCGGCGACCUGAUUGGUGUGGUGGAGGCCCUGACACACCUGAAUCGAGUCACCACGGUCCACGCUGUCAGGGACUCGGAGCUGGCCAAGCUGCCUGAAGGAGCGCUGAACUCCAUCAAGAGGAGAUAUCCUCAGGUGGUCACCAGGCUGAUCCACGUGCUGGGACAGAAGAUCCUGGGCAACAUGCAGCAGGUCAACGGGCCUCUGACCGGUCGCGGUCUGGGCCUUCAGACGCCCACCAGCAAGUGGGAUGCCGGGAAUCCAGCCUCUAAUCUGUCCACUGUGGCCAUCCUGCCCGUGUCGGACGACGUUCCCCUCACCACCUUCACUCUGGAGCUCCAGCAUGCUCUCAGCGGCAUCGGCCCUACCUUGCUGCUGACUAGCGACAUCAUCAAACAGAAACUGGGCUCUGCUGCCCUGGACAGUGUCCAUGAGUACCGUCUGUCCAGCUGGCUCGGCCAGCAGGAAGACAUCCACCGGAUAGUCCUCUACCAGUCCGACUCCGGCCUCACACCCUGGACCCAGCGCUGCAUCCGUCAGGCCGACUGCAUCAUCAUUGUGGGGCUGGGGGAGCAGGAGCCCACUGUGGGCGAGCUGGAGCGGAUGCUGGAGAGCAGCUCAGUGCGAGCCCAGAAGCAGCUGGUGCUGCUGCACAGGGAGGACGGCCCGCCGCCCAGCGGGACCGCCGAGUGGCUCAACAUGCGCAGCUGGAUCUCCAGACACCACCACCUGUCCUGUCCCCGCAGAGUGUUCUCCAAAAGGAGCUUACCCAAGCUGAGAGAGCUGUACGAGCGCGUGUUUGAAAAAUGUCCAGAUCGUCACUCUGACUUCUCCCGCCUGGCCAGGAUCCUGACAGGAAACAGCAUCGCCUUGGUUCUGGGUGGAGGGGGCGCCAGAGGCUGCUCUCAGAUCGGCGUGCUGCGUGCGCUGAUCGAAGCCGGGAUCCCCGUGGACGUGGUGGGCGGCACCUCCAUCGGCUCCUUCAUGGGAGCGCUGUACGCCGAGGAAAAGAGCAGCAGUCGGAUGAGGGUCCGGGCUCGGGAGUGGGCUAUGGGAAUGACGUCGUACUUUAAGAAGAUCUUGGACCUGACCUACCCCGUGACCUCCAUGUUUUCUGGAGCCUCCUUUAACUACAGCGUUAGCUCCAUCUUCAAGGACAAACAGAUUGAGGACCUGUGGUUGCCAUACUUCACCAUAACAACAGAUAUCACUGCUUCCUCCAUGAGGGUUCACACUGAUGGUUCACUGUGGCGUUACGUCAGAGCCAGCAUGUCGCUGUCUGGUUAUCUGCCACCUCUCUGUGAUCCCAAAGAUGGACACUUACUCAUGGAUGGAGGGUACAUCAACAACCUCCCUGCUGACGUGGCUCGCUCCAUGGGUGCCAAGGUCGUCAUCGCCAUUGAUGUUGGAAGCCGGAACGAAACCAAUCUGACCAACUAUGGCGACAGCCUGAGCGGCUGGUGGUUGCUGUGGAAACGAUUGAACCCUCUGGCUGAAAAGGUCAAGGUUCUGAACAUGGCCGAGAUCCAAACACGCCUGGCGUACGUCUGCUGCGUGAGGCAGCUGGAGGUGGUCAAAAACAGCGACUACUGCGAAUACAUCCGGCCGCCCAUCGAUCGAUACGGAACGCUGGAUUUUGGCAAAUUUGAUGAAAUCGCUGAGGUGGGGUACCAGCACGGAAAGACUCUGUUUGACGUGUGGCACCGCAGCGGAGUGGUGGACAGCAUGCUGCGGGACAGACACCAGGAGGAGUUCCAUAAAACCAAGGCUGGACAAGUGGUCACAUGUCCGAACGCCUCCUUCACCGACCUGGCAGAGAUCGUGUCCAGAAUUGAGCCAGUGAAGAACGCUCUGAUAGACGAAGAACCAUCCGAUGAGUACCAGACCGACUACGACGAGGAGGCAGUGGAAAGCGCUCUGUCGGACUUUGAGGCCUUCACUCCGGGCAGCGAACACACCGAGGGAGAGGAGACGGCUGAGACUGAUGAAGAAGUUCCCGUCCAAGUCAGACACCGGCUCCAGAAUGCUCACCUUUGACCUCCUGGGAACCACAGGAAACCCAUUUCAGAGCGGGGAGGAGUCAGCUGGUCUCCUCCUGGUGGACCUGAGCAGGACCGGCUCGCUUCCACUGGGAAGUAGAGGAGAGGUUGUUGGUUUGAUCCCGAACUCCUCUGUGUGUGUGCUGGACCUCAUGCUGACCCUGGUGUGAUGACCAGUGUGUGACUGUAGAGAGAAUCGGGCUGCGGUCAUCAGCUACACUAUAUCAUAGCACUGUGAAGAUCACAUGAAGUAUUGUGUCCAACAGAAAUCAAUUUUAAACACGUCAAUAAUUCAUGUAACUGUAUCAUAGUCUGUUUAAUGUUUCAGUGAUGCAAUGAAAAAUCCAGCCGCUAUUCUGCAUUUAACCUUUGACCUGUUGGAGAUGAAGUGACAUCAUCCAUACUGACUGCUGUCUGCUGCAGCUACCAUUCAAACUAUUCAUAAUUCAAUUUCACACAACUUCUACUUAAGAUUAUCAGCUUCAUUUAUAUUCUGAUGCUUAUUCUGUGGAAAAACUGUUAACAUGAGUCAGAAUUCUUCAAACGUCACGCAGACUUGUACAGAAGAAAUACUAAAUAUCUUUAAAAGCUGCAAUAUGUAACUUUUAUUUUAAAAAAUAGAUGUUUUUUACAUAUUUGCUAAUGUUGUCUCGGCGUUGUCUCUCAGUAUGAAAUGAUACAGAUAAUCUUUGAAAAGAUGGAUGUCCUCCAAUUCUUCUCUAAACUUCUAGUCUGAAGGAAUGCAACGUUCUGACCAAAAACAACCAAUCAGAGCCAGGGGGAGGGGCUUAGCGUUGUCAAUCAACCUUUUGUACUUUGCUUAGUGUGCUAAUGGCAGAGAAACACUUUACCGUUACAGCUUACCCUGUGUAUGAGCACCAAAUAGAGAGUGAUUGGCAGCGCUAAGAUCCGCCUCCUGGCUCUGAUUGGCUAUUUCUAGUUAUCACUGGGGGAAGAUGGAAAAGCUCGACCUUUUCACAGAUUAUCUGUCUCAUAUCAUACUGUCAUUAGAUGGCGACAGUUUCGACAAAUAUGUAAAUAAAUAUUUUUUUAUAAAAGUUAUAAACUGCAGCUUUAAGUACAAGUCCUGGCCUCUUCUGUUUCCACAUUUUGUUUUGUUGAACAUGAAACUUUAACAAUUUUCUGUCUGGACUUAAUGCAAUAGAGCAAUGCAAAAUGUUAAAAGUGAUUAAAACCCCUUAACUGUCAUCCCCAGAACAGUUAGAUGUCAGUCGGUGGGUCCAUGAGGACACCACUGUCCUCAUGACAGCCAAGAGUUUUAAACUGUGAUGUGGAAGUGAAGCAUCGUUUGGGUCUGUCUCCUAAAAGCCAAAGGAAACUAGUGGUUGUAAAGUGGAGAUCCUUUAUUGAAAACUGCAUAUUGUUUACAGUUUGGUUUACAUAACCGCCCUUUAUUUAGACACCACUGGGAAUAGCUGGGUCUCACGGCAACAGAUUGUUUCUCACAAAGUUACUCUUGUGAAGUUUGAACUUUAUUUUAAACAGUUUGAGGAGCUUCUUCCUUUUUCAGGUUGGGGAACUUGUCAAAAGCUUUCUCAUAUUUACUAAAUCAGCCCCACUAAAGGUUUUGUAGAAUCUCAACUUUGUCACUGAUGAGCUGUUGUAUCAAAAGCAGACAUGUGACCUGUGUUCUGAUCGGUUUGGCUGCAUUCAGCUCAUUGAACCUAAAUGAACUGCAGCUCAGUGGCAGCUUAACCUCCGCAGCCUAAACGUUUCCUGGUUUUAUUAAUGUCAGUAGUGUUAUAUUAAAGUUGCCUUACAGAUUAUUAAGUUGACGAAAGGUUUUGUAUUUUAGUUUGUGCUGCAGCUCUGCUCACAUAGUGUCUCUGUAACACGCUGCCAGAUUGUCGUGACAGUGAGUCUUAUUUGAGCUUCGUUUUCCUGUCAAACACAGCAGCUCUAUAAGGCAGCCAUUUUGUUUCCUGCUGACCGGGGUUUGACCCAAAGCCAGGCGUUCCGACUGGAAAACAAAACUGAAUGUUGGAGCUCGGAAAAUACUUGAUGCCACUGUUGCCUGUUCUGUGUUUGAUGCUAUAAAAUGUUAACUUUAACACUUGUAAAAACUCAACUUAUAUCUGUUGUGAUUCCUUUGUAAGUGACCUCCUAACAUAUGAUGAUGUAGAUAUAAAUAGUGAUAUGUGAUGCGUAUUAUGACAACUGAAGUGAAACCGUUGCCUUAUGUGAAAUUAAACAAUGAUAACUGUAAGGAA